AUGAAACUGGAACAGGAAGUAGUGAUGAAGCGUCACUUCUCAUCGCAGACUCCAUUACCCAGGGAUCUGUGCAGCAUCAUGGUCAUCUUUGAGGCGGAGGUGUCUGACGGCAAGGCUGGCUUCAUAGCAGUUGAUGACAUUCAGGUCCUUAGCUAUCCCUGUGACAAAUCACCUCAUUUCCUGCGUCUGGGGGACGUGGAAGUCAACGCAGGCCAGAAUGCCACCUUCCAGUGCAUCGCUACUGGCAGAGACACCACCAACAACAAGCUCUGGCUGCAGCGGAGGAAUGGAGAGGAUAUCCCAGUGGCCCAGACCAAGAACAUCAACCACAGACGAUUCGCUGCCUCGUUCAUUCUCAAGGAAGUCACCAAUCAGGAUCAAGACCUCUAUCGCUGUGUCACCCAAUCAGGAAGAGGUUCUGGCGUGUCCAACUUUGCUGGGCUCCUUGUCAGAGAGCCCCCGCGGCCCAUAGCCCCACCCCAGUUGCUAGGCGUCGGCCCAACUUACCUGCUGAUCCAGCUCAACGCCAACUCUAUCUUUGGCGACGGACCAAUCAUCUUGAAAGAGGUGCAGUACAGGAUGACGUCAGGGAGCUGGACAGAGACACACGCUGUCAACUCCCCCAAUUACAAACUGUGGCACCUGGACCCAGACACAGAGUAUGAGAUCAGGGUUCUGCUGACCCGACCCAAAGAAGGGGGCACCGGCAUGCCUGGGCCCCCCCUUAUCACCAGGACCAAGUGUGCAGAGCCCAUGCGGACCCCUAAGAGCCUGAAGAUAGCUGAGACGCAGGCUCGCUUCAUCGCCGUGGACUGGGAGUCUCUGGGCUACAACAUCACUCGCUGCCACACCUUCAACGUCACCAUCUGCUACCACUACCACAGCGCCCUCAACCAGAGCAGGGCCGGCUGCCUGGACAUGGACCCCAAGGCCCCCCGCCACGUGGUGGCCGGCCUGCCCCCCAACACCAACGUCAGCCUGAAGAUGAUCCUCACCAACCCGGAGGGCCGCAAGGAGAGCGACGAGACCGUCAUCCAGACGGACGAGGACGUGCCGGGCCCGGUCCCGAGCCGCUCCCUGAGAGCCACGCCCUUUGAAGACAAGAUCUUCCUCUACUGGAAAGAUCCUCUGGAGCCCAAUGGGGUCCUAACCCAGUAUGAGAUCAGCUACUGCGGGGUGCGUUCGUUCGACCCCUCAGUGUCUCUGCUGCGCCCCCCGCUGGUGGUGUCCCUGCCCUGCAACUCCUCCCACCACCUGUUCUCCCAGCUCCACCCAGGCACCACCUACCAGUUCCUCAUCAGAGCCUCCACCUCCAAGGGUUUCGGACCGCCAGCCACACUCAACGUCACCACCAACAUCUCGGCUCCUACCUUGGAGGAGUAUGACGGGAUGGAGGCGUUCCUGAACGAGACAGCUACCACCAUCACCGUGCUGCUGAAGCCUGCACAGGCCAAGGGAGCGCCAAUCAGUGCCUAUCAGAUCGUGGUUGAAGAGCUGAACCCCCACAGGACUCGGCGAGAGGCCAGCGCAGACUGCUACCAGGUGCCUGUAUCUUUCCACAGCGCCUCUAGUGGAGGCUCCCCGUACUAUUAUGCCGCAGAGCUACCCCCAGGGAACCUUCCAGAGCCCUCACCCUUCACCGUGGGGGACAACAAGACCUACCAGGGCUUCUGGAACGCCCCGCUGGCCCCCAGGAAGAACUACAACAUCUACUUCCAGGCCGUCAGCAGUGUGGAGAAGGAGACAAAGACUCAAUGUUUGAGGCUAGCUACUAAAGGUGCGACCGAGGAGCCGGAGGUGGUCCCAGACCCGGCCAAGCAGACGGACCGGGUGGUGAAGAUCGCUGGCAUCAGCGCAGGCGUGCUCGUCUUCAUCCUGCUGGUGCUCGUAGCCAUCCUGCUGGUCAAGAAGAGGAGGAGCUACUAUUCUUACUCUUAUUACCUAAAACUGGCAAAGAAGCGUAAGGACGCCAUUGGCACGACCAGGCAGGAGAUGACUCACAUGGUGAACGCCAUGGACCGCAGCUACGCUGACCAGACCACGCUGCACACUGAAGACCCCAUGUCCGUCACCUUCAUGGACUCUCACAACUUCACGAACAGAUUGCCUAACGACCCCCUGGUUCCCACGGCUGUGCUAGAUGAGAACCACACGGCGUCCGUGUCGGCAGAGUCCAGUCGCCUGCUGGACGUGCCCCGGUACCACUGUGAGGGGACCGAGUCCCCCUACCAAACAGGCCAGCUCCACCCGGCCAUCCGAGUGGCCGACCUGCUGCAGCACAUCAACCUGAUGAAGACCUCCGACAGCUACGGCUUCAAGGAGGAGUACGAGAGUUUUUUUGAGGGCCAGUCCGCCUCUUGGGACGUUGCUAAGAAAGAACAGAACAGAACCAAGAACCGCUAUGGCAACAUCAUUGCAUAUGAUCAUUCUAGAGUGAUCCUGCAAGCGAUGGAGGACGAUCCAUCGUCUGAUUACAUCAACGCCAACUACAUAGACGUAAGUGGGGCCUCCGUCCCCUCCUCCCUUGGCCAGCGUGUGAGACACACCACUCCUUCUCUCAUUUGGCUGUACAGGGAUGGUUACCAACGGCCCAGUCACUACAUCGCUACGCAAGGUCCGGUCCAUGAGACCGUGUAUGACUUCUGGAGGAUGGUCUGGCAGGAGCAGUCUGCCUGUAUCGUCAUGGUGACCAAUCUGGUGGAGGUGGGAAGGGUGAAGUGCUAUAAGUACUGGCCCGAUGAUGCCGAGGUGUACGGCGACUUCAAGGUCACCUUUGUGGAGGUGGAACCUCUGGCCGAGUACGUUGUGAGGACCUUCACACUGGAGCGGAGAGGUUUUAACGAGCUUCGUGAGGUGAAGCAGUUCCACUUCACCGGCUGGCCUGACCACGGAGUUCCAUAUCACGCCACCGGCCUGCUGUCCUUCAUCCGCAGGGUCAAGAUCUCCAACCCUCCCAGCGCAGGGCCCAUCGUGGUCCACUGCAGCGCUGGGGCUGGACGCACAGGAUGUUACAUCGUGAUUGACAUCAUGCUGGACAUGGCGGAGAGAGAGGGCGUGGUGGACAUCUAUAACUGUGUCAAAGCCCUGCGCUCCCGACGCAUCAACAUGGUACAGACAGAGGAGCAGUACAUCUUCAUCCAUGACGCCAUCCUGGAGGCGUGUCUCUGUGGGGAGACGGCCAUCCCGGCCUGCGAGUUCAAAGCUGCAUACUAUGACAUGAUCCGCAUAGACACCCAGAGUAACUCCUCCCACCUCAAAGACGAGUUCCAGACCCUGAACUCCGUAACACCUCAGCCGCAGCCGGAGGACUGCAGCAUCGCACUGCUCCCCAGGAACCACGACAAGAACCGCUUUAUGGACACCCUGCCCCCUGACCGCUGCCUGCCCUUCCUCAUCACCAUCGACGGAGAGAGCUCCAACUACAUCAACGCUGCCCUCAUGGACCCGUCAGAAGAAUACCAGAGCUACAGACAGCCAGCUGCGUUCAUCGUUACCCAGCAUCCAUUGCCAAACACAGUAAAGGACUUCUGGCGUCUGGUGUACGACUACGGGUGCACAUCACUGGUGAUGCUCAAUGAGAUCGACCUGGCACAGGGCUGUCCCCAGUACUGGCCUGAGGAGGGCAUGCUGCGCUACGGGCCCGUCCAGGUGGAGUGCAUGUCCUGCUCCAUGGACUGUGAUGUCAUCAGUCGCCUCUUCAGGAUAUGUAACUUGACCCGGCCUCAGGAGGGUUACCUUAUGGUGCGUCAGUUCCAGUACCUGGGCUGGGCCGGACAUAGGGAGGUUCCCGGGUCCAAACGCUCCUUCCUCAAACUCAUCCUACAGGUGGACAAGUGGCAACAGGAGUGUGAGGAAGGAGAGGGCCGCACCAUCAUACACUGCCUGAACGGAGGCGGUCGUAGUGGUAUGUUCUGUGCUGCCAGCAUCGUGUGUGAGAUGAUCAAGCGUCAGAAUGUGGUGGAUGUGUUCCACGCUGUGAAGAGCCUGAGAAACAGCAAACCCAACAUGGUGGACACCCCGGAGCAGUACCGCUUCUGUUAUGACCUGGCCCUGGAGUUCAUGGAGACGUCCUAACCAGGGGGCGCCACUGAGCCCAGGAGGCCGGGACCCCCACCAAGAUGAAAGGAUGAAAGGAUAUACUGACGAAACGAGGAGGAGGAGGAGGAGGAGGAGGGGAGUAAGACGCUGACGAUGAAGAUGAAGAAGAGGGUUUGAGGAGAGUAUGUGUGACGUUCUCCAUUGUACUUCUCUGUGUUCAGUGCCACAGCAGCAGCAGCAGCAUCCUGCCUCAGUCUGCUUCCUGUUCCGCAGAUUCACAUCUGUUCUUGUGCAGACAUUUGUAAGAGUGACACUACUGCCAAGGUGUUGCAUGCUAUACUGUUAUUUUUGGAAAAAUUUUUUUUUUGUUUAUUUUUUUUUCUAUAUUUGCAGCAUUGUCAACAAACAAGUUUAUAUCUAUAUCUAUAGAAGUCAGUUGAAAUGUGAACGAAAAAAAAUAAUGCACUGGCCAUGGAUGGAGGUGCUCCCAUGUGACCUUGGCUUCUGAUCAUGUUUGUAUCAUGCACUGGCGACAGCUUGCUCACCAUGUUUUAGUUUUGUAGCAAAUGUUUAAUCAUAAGCCAAAGACUUAUGUAAAUAUGUCUAUAUGGAGAAAAAAAGCACAUUGUUUGUAUUUAUUGUUUACUUGCAUUCCUUUUUGAAGGCUAAAAACAAUCAUCUUCAUUGCGUGUUCUUUACUAUAACUUUGAACCGUACACAUUUAAUGUAGUUUUUAAGUAUUAGACUGAGCUCAGUAAUAUCUUUAUUUUAUAUUUUCAUUUUUUUCUUCUCUAUGUGAUGUGCCAGUGGUUCCUUUGUGUAAAAGCUUGUGUAUUCUGGCCAUGCAGUUAGGAUAUCAGAGCCCACCAGGCCAUAGUGAGAGAGCUCUAUUUUUCUCUGGCAAUGUCAUGCUCAGCUGUUUUUGGUGUCUUAGAAGAUCAAAGAUUGAGGUUCCAGACAGGAAGUGAUGUCAGUGUUUUCCGAAGGUUGGAAUGUUAGCCAACAGACAGGCAGACAGACAAAUGAUGUCUAGUUAUAGUGAUUAUAGAAGAGGACACACAGGAAGUGGAAACCCUGGUAACAGGAAACUGUAGUGUAUAUGUGAAGUUAAUUCAUGGUCCAUAUUGUUUGUCUGUAAAUGUUGGCUUAUUGGCUGUAAUAAACAAGGCAACUCUUUGAAUAAAACAAGGUUGACAGAG